UCUCUUCACAUAUUAUAACACAUGUAUUUUUCUUCAAAUUACAAAAAAUUAAAGAUGUGUAGUGGAAGAAGAGAGGGUGAAGAAGAAACUACCUCAAUUUCGUAUUGCAAAGGGCCAUUGAAAGAGGGAGAAUCCAUAAUUAGGUCUACAAUUUCUUGUGCGCUCUGUAGUUCAGAGGCCUCUGUUUAUUGUGAAGCUGAUAAUGCUUUUCUUUGCCGGAAAUGCGAUAGAUCGGUUCACGGAGCUAAUUUCUUGGCUCAGAGACAUAUAAGGUGCCUUCUUUGCAGCGUUUGCCGGAAAACAACGUGGCGGUUUCUGAUCGGAACUUCGUCGGAGCUGAUUUUGCCGACGAUUGCCGGUUUGGAACAGAGAAACAGAAGGAGAAGUGCAGAUUCUGAGACGAUGGACUACAGAACGACGCCGCAAGAGCUUUUCCUGUUUAUUUGAUAUUUAAUUAUGUUUAGAUUUUUUUUUGUUUAAUUCCAUUAUUGGAUGAUGCAUUUAAUUUAAAUUAAUUAAGUGUACAUACUUUGUAUGUAUUACGUUAAUUAAUAAUAAAAAUAUAGUACUAAAAUAAUA